AUGGAAAGCAACACUGCUUUAUGGAUACUUUUUUGGUUUAUCAGCAGCUCAGCUUGUUAUCUCUAUGGUAUGUAUGUUGAAUCUAAAUUAAAUCCAAAGCAAAAACCAAAUUAUUCAGAAUUAAAACUAGAAGAAGAAAAAUCAGAAAUUCACGACACAAAUGAUGAUAAAUUAUAUAAAGAGGAACUAGACAAAGAAAGAGCAAGCAAGAGAAAAAUGACCCAGGAAUAUGAAAAAGAAAUAGACAGCUUAAAAGCUCAAAUUGCAUUCAUACAAGCCCAAACUAAAGAAAAGCUUGCAAUUAAUAAUCAGAAAUAUAAUCAGCAAGAAGAAUUAUUUGAUGAAGCUCCAGGAUUUAGUGCACCCAUUGUGCAAAUAGUUGAUGGAAGCUAUGAUAAUUUUGAUGAAGAUCUUAAUAAAGAAUUAAAUAAUGAAAUUUAA